GGGUGGAGCCGCCAGGGCCGGGGAGCGGAGCCCGAGCCAUAAAACUGCGGGGCGAUGAGCGCAGGCAGAGCAGUCCGGCUCCAGCGCAGCCUCUGGCAGGCUGGGAUUGCUACAGGCGCUAGGCAGGACUCGCGGGCAGAUUAUGGUUGUGCUAUUCCUAGGGCCAGGCCUACGAGUGCACCACUGCCGCGCGGGGGCUACGGGCUUGCAAGGCGGCCGUGCUCGCAGCUCGGGUUUAUGGUGCCCUGAGCCCGUGCAAGGAGCAGCGCUGAUCCCCGCGGCUCAGGGCAGAGAAGGUAAGGGGCGCUGUCUUUGUAAGCCAUUGCCAGGGCAGUCCCGAGCGGGCUUCCACGCGCAGCCUUUGGUGUCCCUUAGCCUGGAGCGCAGCGAGCCCUAGUCCGCUUCCAGCCAGAAGCGUUCAAGGAGUUUCCAAGCGCGGCGAAUGAUCUUUGGUCCUUACGCAAGAACUCACGAGCCUGCACAACGCUGGGGUUUUUAAAGAUCGGUGGAAUAUAAGGUAGCAGAAUCAUAAUAAUACUGCCCAUCGCUGAGUCUCUAGCUAACGCCUUGCUUGCCAAAAGGACUCCCGAGCCGUUCGCGAAGUGUCUAUUCUGCGGCAUCAUUGAAAGAAUAGCCGCUGGAGAGCUGCACUGCCCUGGCCACUGACGCUAUGGAAGACCGCAUCCGCUGGUCUAGUCUAUAGGAUGGUAGCGCACAGUAAGGUGGCAGCAGAUAAUGCAGUUGCAGCAGACCCGAGAUGUCGACUUGAGCCUCCAGCAAGGGAUCAUUCUCGGCCUAGAGGUUACCAUGGCCCGGCUCGGUCCAACAAUGGGCAGGCGCAGAGCGACACACACUUCCGAACUUUCCGCUCGCAGGCAGAUUUCAGUAGUAUCACCCGAGCGAGCGCCCUGCUGGAUGCAUGUGGCUUCUACUGGGGCCCACUGACUGUCAGCGCGGCCCACGAGAAGCUGAAAUCUGAGCCUGAGGGCACUUUCCUCAUCAGGGACAGCAGACAAAAAAAUUGCUUCUUUGCCAUCAGUGUUAAGACUGUUACUGGGCCCACCAGCAUCCGAAUAAACUUCCAGGCUGGGCGUUUCAGCCUGGAUGGCAGCAAGGAGAGUUUCGACUGUCUCUUUAAGCUACUGGAACAUUAUAUAAGCUCCCCAAGGAAGGUGCUGGUCACCCCACUACGCAAAGUCCGUUUACGGCCAUUGCAGGAGCUCUGCCGGAAAAGCAUUGUGGCAACAUUCGGGAGAGAGAAUUUAAACCACAUCCCUCUCAAUCCAGUUUUAAAGGACUACCUGAAAUCCUUCCCAUUUCAGAUAUAAAUACAGCAUUAACUGCGUGCGUGUGUGUGUGAGAGAGAGAGGUGUGAAGACAUCUGGGUUUUUUAAUCUAUUUGGGAGUGACCAAAUUUAUUUUUGUAGCAAUUUACUGUAUUUUGUGAUGGAACCUGAACACUUGACUUCUUAUGUUUACACAAACUGUUUGCACAAACCCAGGGUUUUUAAAUCCUGGAAUUAUUUUUCUGCUGGGCAGAAUAUUCUAUUUUAUAAUAUUUCUAAUGAAAAUAAUGUAAUAAACUUUAUUGUGAAAGUUUUUAAAAAA